AUGGUAGAAAGUGACAUCUCAUCCAUGAUGUCAGGAAUUAUUCGAAACUCAGGGCAAAAUCGCCACGCCUCUCCGCAGGAAUACAGGCUCCUGGCCACCAGCAGCGAUGAUGACCUUCCCGGGGACCUGCAGUCGCUGUCGUGGCUCACAGCGGUGGAUGUGCCGCGGCUGCAGCAGAUGGCGAGUGGCCGUGUGGACCUGGGUGGCCCCAGUGCACCGCACCCACACCCAGGUGCCUUGGCCAGGGCAGCUGACCUGCACGUGGGAGCCACCCCAGGUGCCCUGCUCCACGGCCCGGCUGGCAUGGUCCCCCCAGUCAUGCUAGGUCUGGGCCCCAUCGCCAAUCACGGAACCAGUAUGAACCAGAUCCCUGUGGGGGGCCAGCCCUCAUCCGGCCUGCAGGACGCCCCACAGCUCUACUCACCUGCCUCCCAAACACAGUUACCGCCCCCCCCAGGCACCCAGCAGUGCCCUCCCAUGGGCCUGUACAGCUCCCCGUUUGGAGCACGGCCUCCCUACCCCCAGCCCCGCAUGGCUGUCCAUUCAUCUCAGGAACUGCACCCCAAACACUACCCCAAGCCCAUCUACUCAUACAGUUGUCUGAUCGCCAUGGCCCUGAAGAACAGCAAGACAGGCAGCCUGCCUGUGAGUGAGAUCUACAGCUUCAUGAAGGAGCACUUCCCCUACUUCAAGACGGCUCCCGACGGCUGGAAGAACUCAGUGCGACACAACCUGUCCCUGAACAAGUGUUUCGAGAAGGUGGAGAACAAGAUGAGCGGCUCCUCCCGCAAGGGCUGCCUGUGGGCCCUGAACCUGGCCCGCAUCGACAAGAUGGAGGAGGAGAUGUACAAGUGGAAGAGAAAGGACCUUGCCGCCAUCCACCGGAGCAUGGCCAACCCCGAGGAGCUGGACAAGCUGAUCUCGGACCGACCGGAAAGCUGCAGGAGGCCUGGGAACUCCGAGACCACCGUGCUGACUCAUGCUGCCACAGUGGCCAUGGCGCAUGGCUGCCUGGCUGUCUCCCAGCUCCCACCCCAGCCCCUGAUGACCCUGUCCUUGCAGUCAGUCCCCCUGCACCACCAGGUCCAGCCCCAGGCACAUCUGGCCCCAGACUCUCCCGCCCCCGCCCAGACCCCACCCCUGCACGCCCUGCCGGAACUGAGCCCUAGCCCCCUGCCCCACCCUGCCCUGGGAAGGGCCCCCGUGGACUUCAUCAACAUCAGCACCGACAUGAGCACGGAGGUGGACGCCCUGGACCCCAGCAUCAUGGACUUCGCCCUGCAGGGGAACCUCUGGGAGGAGAUGAAGGAUGGGGGCUUCAGCCUGGACACCCUGGGGACCUUCGGAGACUCGGCCCUUGGCUGUGAGCUGGGGGCCUCGGGCCUGACCCCCAUCUCCGGCCGCAGCGACCAGUCCUUCCCAGACUUGCAGGUGACAGGUCUCUAUGCCACGUACUCGACCCCAGACAGUGUGGCCGCGGCAGCCACCACCUCCUCCUCCCAGUACCUGGGCGCCCCGGGGAACAAGCCCAUAGCCCUGCUUUGA